CGUAUAUUUGAAUUUUUCGUCAGAAAUGACAAGAUGUGUGAAGAAGCAGGUUAAUCUAAAAAGCAGCACUUAUAAUCAAACGGGACAGAAUUAUUUUGAACAAUUGGCAGCGUAUAAUUCAAUGAGCUUGCAUCUACGACGGGUUUUAUUGGCAAGAAGCGUAGUUGAUACAAGAAAUAAAAUUUAUUUGAAAAGAAUUCAGCGAUACAAAGUGCAAAGAGCUUAUGAUUGCGAAGUCUGUUUGCAUCUGGAUGAUGUCAUUGAUAGAUUGGCCUAUGAUACUCAACAUCAUCCCAUGGAUAUGUUAGAAAUAUGUUUAAACGCGAAGCAUCUGGACGUUUGCAAUUGUAAUUUAGAUCAAUUGAAAGCUUGUAGUAAUCACACAUGUUGUGACGAAACCGAUCAAAUGGAUCGACGGCAACAAUCAACAUCAAAGAAUCGAAGAAUAACAUCACCAUGUUCGCUGAAACGUAAAAAAUUUUCAGAAUCAAAUUUUAUUUGCAAAAAGGAACAGAAAUCUACGCGAGAUGUCCCUAAUAUAGUCAAUCCAUCAAUAUGCUUUUUGCAACAGAGAAGGUGCAGAUACGAAAAAGAGCUCCCAUCUCCUUGCGCAGCUACUAGAUUAAAUUCAAUGAUGUUUAAAUCAAGAUCUCAAUCCCCAGAACAAAAUUCACAGACAAAAAUCGAUUAUCACACGGUAUCUUCAAGUGACUCGCAACAUUACAAUUUUUGCGAUGAAAAAUAUAUCAAAGAGUCCAAACAAUUCACAAAUCCAAACAAUUCUCAAAAAGAAGAAGAGAAAAAAUAUAUUAAAUUUGUUUAUAACAUUACCAAAGAAAUAAUGCAGAGAGGUCUUUAUACUGAUAAAGAGUUGCAGGAUGUAUUUAAGAAGCACAUUAAUCAAUAUAAAGGAAUAUUAAACAUGAAUAAAAUGCUGUACGAGAUUUAUCAGUUAAAGAUCUCCUUAAAUAUGGCGGAUUCAGACACUGACGAAGAACUAGAAGAUUUGAUCCAUGCGCAAACAUUAUUAAAUAUAUCUGAGAUUAGGCCACCUACGCCGCCGAAGAUUUUGAAUGAAAAUAAAGUGAUGGAAAAAUUAGAAUCUUAUCAGAAAAUGAUGAAAGCUGACAGAUCUCCAAAAUUUACUACGAAAUCAGUGAUGCUGGUCGAUGCAAAUCCUGAACUACUUAUCACCGAAAGAGAUGUGCUGGUAUCGUUGGUAGAAGCAGGUGUAGAUCCGAAACAAGUUCAACAUAUUUAUAACAAUUUACGUCACAAGAGUAGAGAUAUCAACCUCACUGAAGGGACACAAAUGGACGUGGAAACUUUAUAUUCUUCGGUCUUGAAAGUAGACAAUUUAGAACUGGAAGACAACGACAAGCAGAUUUCUGUGAUUGCUGAAAGUGCUAAUGAUAAUUCUGCCGUGGAUCAUUUAAUUGAGUCUUCUGAAAAACAAGAACCGAGUUUAAUAUCGAAUUUCGUAUCCAUGCAAGACGAGACAAUGGAAAGAGGAAAAGACGAAAGAGAAGAAGACGGAAGAGAAGACGGAAGAGAAGAAAAUGAAAGAGGAGAAGAUGGAAAAGGAGAAGAGAGAAUCUGAAAUCACAUCUGAACAGAAUUAGCAAAAUCGUAAACUGAAUUAAUGAAUUUAUUUCUGUUUCUUCGUUAUGAACAUUUGCUUUCAAUGUCUUGCUCGUCAUAUUGUCCUUAUAAAUAUCGCCCUCGAGUAACUUAUUGUAUUAGCAACUAAAUAAACAUUGGAUAUGCAAUAUUUAGUUCACACAGGAAAAAAAAUAAUUUAUUUAUCACUUGAUAAUAUAUCAGUGUUAGAAAACAAA